AUGUGGGCCAUGGUUUUGUUAGCUGCGAUCGCAGCAUCCCUCCCCGCAGUCGCACUCGCGAAUGUGUUCAGCCUGUCUGAUCUUCAGUGGACGUUGAGGAAUGGGAACGGAUCGAUAGUAAUUCCAGGCUCAGUGCCGUCUCAGGCCCAUCUUGACCUCCUUCAAGCUGGAGUCAUCACGGAACCGCUGCUGGAAAUCAAUGAGUAUACCCAACGAUGGAUCGUCAAUGAUAGCUGGACAUACACUGCGGAUCUGAAGACGUAUACUGAUGUAGUUGGUUCGAAUGCAUCCACGAGGACAUUACUGGUAUUUUACGGCCUGGAUACAAUCGCAAACAUCACUGUCGCUGGCCACCCCAUUGCUUGGGUCGACAAUCAGUUCCGGCAGUACGUGUACGAUGUGACAGACAUGCUUGCUUCGCCGUCCGAGAGCGACAGUAACAUCACUGUCGCGUUCGAAUCUGCCUACUUCUAUGGAUUGAACGUCACCUCUCUUCCUGGCACAGAGGUUCCACUUACCAGCGACUUCGAAUAUGCAGGUUUCCGCCAAUAUGAGCGCAAGAUACAGUCUGACUUUGGAUGGGAUUGGGGUCCAGCGUUCGUCCCGGCCGGCAUUUUCAGGCCGGCAUAUCUGGUUACGCUCUCGGAAACUUCUCUCGAGAUCUCUAAGCUCGGGCAGACUGCCCUCAUCGCCCCUGAUCAGACUGCUGAUUGGCUCGUCAACGUCACUCUCGGUGUGCGCUCGGUCCUGCCAAGCUUCAGCCCAACCAUUGAGAUCGCCAUUCCCGAGCUGGAUAUAUCCUCUGGGCCCAUUGCCGUCAGCUCGAUACCUGCGUCGACGAACGCGCCUACAUUCGUGAGCGCGACGAUGACGGUGCCCGAGGGUGUUCCGCAGCGGUGGUACCCGCGCGACCUUGGCACGCCAACGCUAUAUAACUUCACAAUCACCCUCGCCCUCGGAGACGAGUUCGGAAUGUUCCUCGAUAGCACGAGCUUCCAACUGCGAAGCGGAUUCCGCACAAUCGAACUCGCACAGACUGCGUAUCCGCAGGAAGAGAUCGACGCGAGGGGCAUUACGCCCGGAGACCAGUGGCACUUUGUGAUCAAUGGCCAAGCGUUCUAUACAAAGGGUACGAACAUUAUCCCAUUCGACCCGUUCUAUCCCCGCAUCACGACGGAGAAGGUACGCUGGGUACUUGAGAGUGCUGUUCUGAGCGGGCAGAACAUGCUCCGAGUCUGGGGCGGAGGAAUCUACCAGCCGUCCGACGAAUUGACUGGCGUAUACGACUUUUACUCUCUCUGCGAUGAGCUCGGCAUCCUCGCAUGGUCCGAGAUGAUUUUCUCGGACGCAACGUACCCGCUGAACGAAUUCCUUCUCGUGUCAAUCGACCCAGAAGUGCGCGAGAACGUACGCAGAAUCAAUAAGCACCCCAGCAACGUGCAAUGGGCUGGCGGAAACGAGAUCGAGAACAUCGUCAUUGACAUCAACGAUACGUAUGCGAAUGGUACGCAUUAUCUGGAUGAAUUCGUGUACAUGUUCCAGGACUUCCUGCACGAUAUCACGUAUCAAGAGCAGUCUUCAGUGGCCUAUACAGACUGCUCCACGACGAACGGCGUGCUGAGCCUUGAUCCGUACGUUCUGCGAUUCGAGAACAAGACGCCUGGUUAUAUCUAUGGAAACGCUGAACGUUACAACUAUGAUGCAUCGCAAGCGUUCAACUACAGUACCUACCCUGUUGCCAGGUUUGUGAAUGAGUUUGGCUUCCACUCGAUGCCCUCCUUCUACACCUGGGAAGAAGCCCUCCGGGAACCUGAAGACUACUCAUUCAACUCGACAGUAGUUAUGUCGCGCGACCACCAUCCGCCUGCAGGCAGUCUCGCAUGGCCGAACCCGAACGCCCCACAAGGUCAAGGCCAAAUGACGAUGGCAGUCAAGCUCUGGCUGCCUACGCCGGGCACCUCCGACUCCAAUCAAACAUUCGCGCAGUGGUGCUGGAGCACGCAGGUCUUCCAAUCAAUGAACAUGAUCUCCGAAAUCGCAUGGUACCGGCGCGGCGCGGGGCUCGGCGAGAACAACCUCGGUGCGCUCGUGUGGCAGCUGAACGACAUAUGGCAGGCUCCGAGUUGGGCGGCGAUUGAAUAUUCCGGGCGGUGGAAGGUGCUCAACUACGGCAUGGCGAGCAUCUACUCACCCGUGAUCGUUUACCCAUUCUGGACGCCGGAUAACGAGACCUUGGAUAUCAUGGUCACGAACGACAGAUGGUACACGGUGAACGGCACAGCGCUGCUGACGUGGUAUGACUGGGCGGGGAACCAGCUGGGGACAAUGACGCACGAGUUCUCGACGCCCUCGCUGAAUAAUACUGUGCUCAUGUCGAUGCAAGGAUUCGACGUGAUAUUGCCGGAGGGGGCGACGCCAACAAACUCGUUCAUGCUACUCAACGUCACCGCGCAGGUUGAGGGCCGCACGGCUACCAUGGAGUCUUACUACACUCCAACUUCUCUCGCAAACGCAGAAUUGAUCGACCCUGAGAUAGACCUGACUGCAGGGGAUAGCCUGACAUUCACGCUCUCCGCGAAAGGCGGCGUUGCAGCAUAUGCAUGGCUUGAUCAUCCCUCAGGAACUGUAGGUUAUUUCGUUGACACCACCACCGGCAAUCCGUUCAAUGGCUUCUACCUGAUUCCUGGAAUCGACCGCAAAGGCAAGUCCUAUAUCAUCCACCGUGCGUAA